GACCAGUAGGUCUGUUACGACCUACGUACGCAUCGAACACAGAAGUCUACUGAAUCCUCGAGCGGAGGCGUACUUCGCCACGAUCCAAUGGUGGGAGAUUCCUCUCUGAAGGAAGAUCUCGAUAGUUUCGAGGACAACGCUCGGCCGAGUCCACAGAUGGGAGAACCCUUGUGUCUCGGUAUUUGGACACCGAAGUCCGAACCUACAGAAGUGCAAUCGUUAGCGGUGUCUCCAAAGGGGAAAACAACUGACACACUCCAGAAUCCUUGCGCGAAAGACUUAGUGGAUUCCAAGACACAGUGUACUUCCGAGCAGUCAUCGAAUACUGAGCAGGAUGGGUCUGUGAAGCAACCGGAAGCGCAUUGCAGAUCGGCGAUUGAUGCAGUGGUGGCGCCCUCUGUUCCCAAACAAGGUCAGCGCGUGUACACGUGUGGCUUCUGUGAUAAUGUAUUUUCACGAGCAACUACACUUCGAAGGCACUUCUAUUCUGUCCACAUGAAAGAGCGAACUCAUAUCUGCGAGUACUGCGGGAAAUCGUUUUUCGAUAGGUUCCAGCUUCAGGCUCACGUGACUUGCGUCCACACAAAGCAACGAGAUCAUGUAUGUGAAUACUGUGGAAACUCGUUUAUCUUAAAGAACCACCUCCAAGCACAUGUAAGGGCUGUACACUUGAGGGACCAAAUCUACCGAUGUGAAUCUUGCGAUAAGUGUUUUUAUGAAAGGCAAAAGCUUCGAAAACACAUGGACACCGUGCACUUGAGGCUUCAGAACCAUAGAUGCGAACAUUGCGAUAAAUCCUUUACGGAAAAGGGAAAUCUGCGUAAACACGUUGACGCAGUGCAUUUGAAACACCGAGCACACGCAUGUGAGUACUGUGAGAAAUCUUUUUCCCAAGCUGCUCAUCUCAGGGCUCACGUAAUCUCCGUCCACUCGAAGGAACGCAUCUUCGUAUGUGUACAUUGUGAUAAGUCGUUUGCUCGGAACAGCAAUCUUCGACGACAUCUGAAAGUGGUUCAUUCUGGUGACUCGCGGACGGAAACGUGAAAGCGAGGUAACCAUCCGUAGUGGCAUAUCUCCACACUCUGCAUUCGACGACACACUGAAACUCUUAUUCUCAUUUUCGGUAUAUUUGUAACCUUGUCUUCGAACUUCUCCUUGUGAUAAAAGCUUUUUUGCAAUAUCCACGCCGACCUGUUGUUUGAUCCACACUGCGAUCGUAGCGG